AUGGCGUCCGAGUCUUCGACAGCCGCGCUGCAGCGCUAUAGCGACUUUGUCGAGCAAGUUCUGCGUCCGCAACUGCAGCAAACUCUCGUCCACCGGGACGCACUGACUCGAGAGGUCCACGAGUACCAGGAACUGCGUGAGCUGCUGCAGACACUCGCAGAUCCAACGCCAGAGCCGCUACACACGCUCGUGGACGUGGGCGAGCGUUUUUAUGUGCGGGCCAAAGUGGAUGACGCGUCGCUCGUCACGGUCGAUAUUGGCCUCGAGUUUCACGUCGAAAUGACCGUGACGGAAGCGCAGCGGUUUGUAGGCUCGCAGUUACUCUAUUUGACAACAAAACGGAACAAGUGGCAGCUAAAAGCUCGGGAAGUCUCGGAUCACGUGAACCUCGUGAUUGCCUCGAUUGAGCAGCUUGCUGCGUUGCAGUGA